GAUUUUUACCUAUAUUACCAGUAGUUUACAAAACACAUCUAUUAUAGUUUUGACGUUAACUGACCAAAGAUGUCCGACUCGGAUUCUGACGGCGAUAAUUCAACAGGGCUUGUUGGCUUUAUGUUUGGGAACAUUGACAAACAUGGACAUUUGGAAACUGAUAUUUUAGAUGAAAAAUCCAAAAACCAUCUUGUCCAGCUAAGCACCCUUGCUGGUUUGGGUGAAUUUGUGAAUGAAAUAACCAAAGAUGAGCAACAUAGUGGAAGUACAAGUAAUGUGGGGGAAGAGAAAAUCACUUCUGCCCCCGACGCGAUUGAUUAUUCUAAUAUAAAUGAGCUUGCUGAUGAUGAAGGGACUUCCCCCGAUAUGAAAUUACUGACAUCAUCAUUCACUCACGAUAGCCAUAAAGAUGAUGUUGAAGAUUAUGACGAAGACGACAAAAGUAAUUUGUUCCAACCAACGUUCCAACCUGUGGCAUCGAAUAAAACAAGUUUGAAACCAAAUGAUGAAAUAAAGAUGAAAGGAGCAUCCGAUGACUUCAUUCUCCCAUCCAUCGUGACGCACACCACAAGGACAUCGGGCUCGUCACCGGAACGUAAAUCAUCAGAUCCCGAAUAUAAGCGACAAAGUGGAAGUUUUGAUAAGAAGAAGACAGGGUUAUCCAAACAAGAAAGGAGAAAGAGGCGAAAAGAGAAACUGCAUCAAAACCAGUUAUCAGAAGAAGAUAUUAUAUUUGAACAAAAACUUAAAGCUCUGGAGAAUAAAGUUAACAACACUGAUAUCCAGGAACUGUUUCCAGAGUUUCGUCCGAACCAGGUCCUUCGGUUUCUCCGUCUCUUUGGAGCUCGCAAGCAAUCCUCUCUUCCCAACAUCUGGAGGAACUGUAGGAGCAGGAAGAAGAAGAGGAAUCGUGCGGAUGGUUCUAAGGAUCAACAUGAGGAUCCUAAACCUCCUCCAUGGGAAGUGGAAGAUGGGAGGACACCGAGUAAAGAGGAAUGUUUAACCGAUGAAGAGUUAACAAUGAUGAAACCAAUCAAAGCCAAGAAAGUAACGAACCAGGUAAUUACGAGAAAUAAUGGGUCAACUAAAUCUGACAUCCCUGAAUGGAGGUUCGGACCCGCUGCGUUAUGGUAUGAUAUGCUGGGGGUCCCGGAUACUGGGGAGGGGUUUGAUUAUGGAUUCAAACUAAAGAAACCUGAUAGUGAUGCAUUCAAUGGUACCAAGUCAAUGAUUGGAGCUCCAGGUUUUCCAUCACCCGAUCACUUCUAUAUGGUAUCCCAGGUGAAAUGGGAAGAUGACAUAAUAUGGAACGCUGACGAUAUAAGACAUAAAGUGGGAAAGAACAUACAAACCACUCCUGAUUCGGAAGAGAAAUAUAAACUUAGGGUUGAUAGAGCCGCACAAGCAGGUUGGGUUCCGACCAGCACACAACGCACAGCAUUACCCCAUGGGGUUGGUGGGGUGAAGACACCUGUUACGCUUACUAUGGAAAAACCAGUUGGUUUGUUAAAGGAAAAUAAAGCUUCAACAAACAGCGAUAAAACAGUGAGUUCCAUCUUCCCCAUUGAUAAUUAUGAGUUAAUAUACGGGAACUGGGAGAAAGAUAUUAUAUGGGACGAUCAGAAUAUGGAUACGAUACCGGCCCCUACUGUGUUUAAGUUUGACCCAAAUGAUGAAAAUAUAUUUCUAUCAAUCCCAGAGGAGCCGAAAUCUUGUAACAGCCCUCAAUCAAAAGAUUCUAAAAAAGAAGCGCAGAAAAAAGCUAAACUAUUACUUGGAAAGUCAGGCAACAAUAAGGAGCCUGAAGAUAAUUUAACAAAGAAAGAUGUUUGGAAUCUUUCCAACGAUAAUUUCUACGAUCCAAGGAAGGCAGUGUCAGAUUCAUUGUCUAUCGGUUUAAUGAGUAGUGUGUUGCAGCAUUCAAUACCAGCCAUGGAGUUACAGCCCAUGUUCUUCCCCACAUUUAUGAAUCUAACCAAACUACAAUUCUUCCACCGACCGCAAUUCCGUCGAUACCAACACGGGCCGAUGACCAAACCAGGUUUCCAUAACGUUCACUGUGUUAUGAAACAUCUGAGGAAAAAAGCGAAACAGCGGGAGCAGGAGCGAGCAGCAUCCGGAGGAGGUGAAGUCUUCUUUAUGAGGAGUCUUCAUGAUCUAUCUGCACUUGAUGGUCAUCUUAUAUUAGCUGAGUAUAGUGAGGAAUAUCCUCCCCUGUUAUCACAAGUGGGAAUGGCUGUUAAAGUAAAGAAUUAUCAUAAAAGGAAACCCGACAAGGACUCCGACCCACCCCGCUACAGAUACGGGGAAACCGUCUUCUCCCAUUCUUCACCCUUCCUUGGCCCCCUAGCCCCGGGACAAUCCCUACAAGCAUUCGAGUGUAACAUGUACCGAGCCCCGAUAUAUGAGCAUCGAUCAUGCGGAACCGAUUUUCUUAUUAUUCGAAGCCGCCACAACUACUUCAUACGCCAUGUGCCCUACAUAUUUACCAUCGGUCAGUUAUGUCCACUUAUGGAGGUUCCAGGUCCCAACUCCAAGAAGGCCACAAAUCACGUUAGGGAUUUUCUUCAGGUAUUCAUUUACCGAAUGUUUGCCAAAAGUUCGGACAAACCAAAGAAAAUACGAAUGGAGGAAAUUAGGAAAGCGUUUCCCAACCACUCUGAGAGUAGUAUUCGUAAACGUUUGAAACUUUGUGCAGAUUUCCACAGAACAGGCCAAGACAGCAACUGGUGGGUGAUCAAGAAUGACUUUAGAUUACCAACAGAAGAAGAGAUGCGAGCCAUGGUGUCGCCGGAACAAACUUGUUCAUUUUACAGCAUGAUAGCUGCUGAACAAAGGUUGAAAGAUGCAGGUUAUGGUGAGAAGACAAUGUUGUAUCAACCUGAAGAUGAUAAUGAGGAAGAACAUCAGUUGAAAGUGGAUGAAGAAGUAUUGAACGCACCCUGGAACACAACACGUGCUUUCUUAUCAGCUAUUAAAGGGAAGUGUUUACUCCAGGUCACAGGACCUGCAGAUCCCACAGGGUGCGGCGAAGGAUUCUCUUAUGUUAAAGUUCCAAUGAAGCCUCAACAAUCAAAGCAAGCAGAAUCAGCGCCUGCCCCUCCCAAGAAGCUCGUCACAGGGACGGACGCCGACCUUCGUAGAUUGUCGCUAUCCAAUGCUAAACAAUUGCUUAAGAAAUUUGGUGUUCCAGAUGAAGAGAUACGAAAGUUAUCGCGUUGGGAAGUGAUUGAUGUCGUUCGUACGAUGUCCACGGAACAAGCCCGCGCGGGGGAAGGUGGGAUGAGUAAGUUCGCUCGUGGCACGAGGUUCUCUGUGGCCGAACACCAAGAAAAAUAUAAAGAGGAAUGCCAACGGAUAUUCGAUUUACAGAACAAAGUUCUAUCUUCGCGAGACAUCCUUUCAACUGAUGAAGACAGUAGUUCCGCUGAUGACUCAGAUUUUGAAGAAAUGGGAAAAAAUAUUGAAAAUCUACUUAGUAAUAAAAAGUCAACAGUGCAGAUAUCGCAUGAGAAAGAGGAACAGGAGCGCAAAGAGUUGAUGAAAAUGAUAAGCGAAGACAGAAGCACGGAAUCGAUUUCAAGGAGUAGUUCGGGAUCGGGGUUACGAAUGAAGAAAGAAGAAGAAGGGGCAGCGGGGUCCAAUUUAUCCUCUAUGACCGGCCGUUGUUUAAGAAUCCGUCGAAAGUUCCGAAACGAUGACGGAACGGAAUAUGUUCGUUCGGAGAUGGUCCGCAAACCAGAGGUGGUCGAUGCUUAUGUUAAGAUAAGAUCCUCUAAGAAUGAAGAUUUUAUCAAGAAGUUCAUGAUGAUGGAUGAACAACACAGAGAGGAGAUGAGAAGGGAGAAGAGGAGACUCCAGGAGCAACUGAGGAGGAUCAAGAGGAACCAGGAGAAGGAGAGGAUAAGUAAUGAUAAAGAGAAGAAGAAAGAGAAAGAUCGGAAGUUAAAAGAUAUAAAGAUGGAGAAUAUUAAAGCUUCGCAAAUGAAGUGUGGCGCAUGUGGACAACUGGGACACAUGCGUACCAACCGAUAUUGCCCCAUGAACAUAACUAAGUCGGGGAAUCCUCCCGAUCAACCGGUAGCCCUCACUGAGGAGCAAGAGGAAGACAUGGAGCGAAAGAUGUUGAUGGACUCUGAGAACCUCAUUAAAGUAGACGGAACCAAGAUCACGCUGUCCAAGGAUUUGUUUAAAAGCGCCGAGAUGGUGCGUCGUAAAUCCCUCGUUCUUAAAUUCAAGAACCCUGACCCCUCCACCUCCCACCAACUCCCAGCAACCAACACAAGCUUCAAUACUUCAAAGAGGAAAAGGAAAUACCAGGGUUCAGUCACACAUUGCGAUUAUUUAACACGAAUUGCGAAGAAAAAAGAGCGAAUUCGUGCCGAUCCUACCGUCACUUUAUCAACCUUGUUUGAAAGUGUGUUGAACAAAAUAAGAGACAUUCCUGAUACCGUUCCCUUCCACGUUCCAGUCAACUCUAAGAUGGUAAAGGAUUAUUACAAGAUUGUGGAAAAACCAAUGGACUUGCAAACGAUGCGUGAGAAUUUACGCCGACACACAUAUUUAUCGCGAUCCGACUUCCGUGAACACAUAGAUCUUAUCGUACAAAACUCUCGUAUAUACAAUGGUAACGAUAGUCCCCUCACCAAAGCUGCGCAACGUAUGCUACAGUUUACUGAUGACCAAUUCAAGUUAAUGGAGGAUAAGUUGAUGAGAUUGGAGAAAGCCAUCAACCCCCUUCUUGAUGAUGAUGAUCAAGUUGCUUUCAGUUUCAUCCUAGAUAACAUCCUUACACAGAAGAUGAUGGUGGUUCCCGAUUCAUGGCCGUUCCACAACCCAGUAAACAGAAAGUUCGUGCCCGAUUAUUACAACGUGAUUGAGCGGCCCAUGGAUUUAGGAACACUUCGUAAAAAUGUUCAAAAACAUCUCUAUCAGAACAGAGGUCAAUUCAUGGAGCAUGUUGAGCUUAUCAUGAGUAACAGUAUUCGUUUUAACGGAGCGGAAUCUAACUUUACCAACACUGCCAAGAAAGUCAUUGAGGUGUGCCGUACGACUUUAGAUGAAUAUAAUGAACAUCUCACGCAACUGGAAAACGACAUCGCUGCAGCCAAGAAAGCGGCCGAAGCAGAAGCUGCCGACAUAGAUGAUGUUUCAACCAGUAUGGGGGCGAUGGACGAUGGAUUGGAGAUAGACGAAGACAGCAAUAUGUCUAUGAUGGGUUCCGAUGAUAAAAUGGGCCGAGGUGAUUCCGACGUCGACGUGGAAACAACAGACGGGAACGAUAAUCCAUCAGCCACGAUGGAUCAACAACUUAGUAUGGCGUUUGAAGCGACCGGAGCACAAGGUGAUCAAACGGAGAUGGAGGAAGGGAAGAGUCGACUCCUGGAGGAUUUAUUGAUGUCUGAUGGUGAGAUAUCCGACGGGGAGAGCGAGGAUGAAGGGGAUAACCCGUUCGCUAAUCGUUCCGACAGCGAUAACAGUGAAGACGGCCGGGAUGAAAACACAAUUCCUUCAAAACAAGAAACCAAAGUUACAGCUGCUACAACUAACAGAAAUGAAGAGUCUUCUGCGUUCGAUUCUGUGACCUCAUACUUAGAUGCUGCGUUGAUGCAAGUCAAUAAUGGCAGCAACAUUAACCCCGAGCCCCCUAAAUCAGACCCCCCACCCAAACCCGUCGACCCCGCGCUUGAUCUUGCGUUAAGUUCCGAUGGGGAGGACAGUGUGGCGGUUGGGAGCGGCGAAAGUUUCGUAUCAGUUGGUGGGGAGGUUGUCAGUGACAGUGACUUGUCAGAUGACGUUUGAACAUAAAGUUACAAGUCCUAAUGAUUACAUGAGAUUUCUAUGGUAUGACGUCAUGUGACAUGAGUACGACGUCUCACUAAUUACAAAGUCCCAAAAUGCCAUGAGAUGGUUUCUAUGUGAUGACGUCUGUAUGACGUAGGUAUGACGUCAAAGGAGUCAAUGUGAUUGAUCAGUUGAAGAAGAUCGAACCAAUAUAUAGUAGGGUGGGGUAAAAUGGGACCUGUUUCCAUUCUCUUUGCUGCUCCCACUUAGUAGUAAUAGUAAAUAAAUAAUAUUUACAGAAUUAAAACCGUAUCCUAACGACUCUAGAACAGCGUUGUUAAUUGUUCAAAACACGAUCGAGAAAUAAUAAAUUUAUGUGCUAACGGUUUCCCAUCUUACCCCACAGUACUAUAUGCACUAAGUUACGAUUGUUGAAUUAUAAAUACAGCAAACUGCAAUUAUCAAUGUAACUUGAAGGUCGUUCAUUAAAGAUUAAUGUUACGGCUGGUAAUCCCCACUA